CGCCAAAUCGCGGAUCUAGACGACGAGUGGCUUGUUUGCCGAGACGAGGAGUAUAGUACGAGCCAAUCUUGACGUUGGGCUGGCCGCUUUAUCCCCAGCGUUCACUUUGCUGCCAAACAGCCUGUCAACAACCCCAUAAAGCUACUGUAGCUUGCUACCUGCUGGAUAGACAAUCCAUUUCAAUGGUGGCAUUUGCCAUGAUCUAAACCAACCACGUCCCGGAAAUGUCCUCUCAGCUCCUGCAGGCGGAGCUCUUGAACCUGAUACAAGAGUCCAAGAGAAAGAAUGCCGAUCUGCGACAUGCGGCUGAAGAAUCACUCAAUGAGUUGAAAAGCUUACCAUCUACUUCGGAGGCACAAAUUUCGGCAGAUCUGGUGCGCAAGCCGAAGUUUGUCGACCCGUUCAUUUUAGCCUGCCACGCUCGUCAUGCAAAACUUUCGGGGACCGGAGUUGUCUGCCUCCAAAGACUGGUCGCAUCGCGAUCACUACCUUCCCAGAGACUGGGAGAUGUUCUCGGUGGACUGAAAGAAACAACACACUUGAGCCUGGAUAUCCAAUUGAAGAUCUUGCAGACUCUUCCAGCAUUAUUGCAGCAUUACUCGGAUGACCUUGGUGGUGAAUUGCUCGUGAGCACACUCGAAAUAUGUGCCACGCUGCAAACAAGCAAGACCCUUGCGCUUUCUAGCACGGCGGCCGCUACACUUCAGCAGCUAGUUGUUUCAACCUUCGAGCGAGUUUCCAACGAAGACAAAGCCCUGGACGAGUCCAAACCAACAGUAACAGUUAAGGUGGACGGCAAUCCUAUUAAGAUAGGAUACUUUGCCUAUGAUGCUUUGCGAGUUCUGGAUGACCUCUGCCGCAUCGUCGAUGGCGAACAGCUCCAUUUUUUGCGCAUCAAGGCACUCUCGCCGACCUUCACUCUAGAACUCAUUGAGAGCAUUCUGCUUAACUCUGGUCGCCUGUUUAUUGGUCAUAUGGAGCUUGCACAAGUUUUAAGAGUCCGGCUUAUGCCAAUGAUCGUGAGGUUUCUAUCCGAAAGACAUGACUUCGCUUUGACUGUUCGUGUUUGUCGGAUCCUUCUCGUGCUUCUCAAAAGGCAUAUGUCCCUCCUCACUGCUGAGUGUGAGAUGGCAUUAGGCCUUCUGACACAUCUGCUUGAACCGGACGGUACUUCGCCGUGGAAACGAAUCCUUUGCAUGGAGGUUUUCCGCGGGUUAUACGCAGAGCCCGGGCUCGUGAGACUUGUCUUCUCACUUUUUGACGGCAAGGAUGGAAGGAAAGGCAUCCUUAAAGACCACAUGGCUGCACUGGUCCGUCUAUCAUCAGAAAAGCCGUCGUUAAUUGGUGUUAGUAGCCGGUCAACCGUGCCUUUGCGGACCGAUCAUUCGAGGUCUAUCACUGAAGAGCAAAUUACUCUAGAAGCAGGUGGACUUGCUGGAGUCAUUGGAACCACUGUUCCAUCGACUGAUGCCAAUGUUCCAGGCAUCAGUAGCCAGUGGAGUGUUGUUCGCACACAGUAUCUGGAGCUGCUUGAUAAAACGGAGCCACCAUCCCCGCCGGAUACUUAUAUCUAUAGUCUUGUGCUGAACUGUCUAAGUUCCUUUGCCGAGGGACUUGCAAAGUUCAUUCUUCCGUUGACGGUCCCUGACUUGAAGCAGAAGAGAAAGAUCCGGGUUACCGGUCCAGAUCAAAAUGCAGAGCCUGCCAGUCCCUCUCACGAAAUCCAGAGGACGGAUUCAUUCAAGAAUGGCCAGAAACAUGGGGCCAAGAAAUCUCCGAUGCCCCUCAAUCCCCUUCAACUAGAAUCUCAUCCCCAGCUGGGAGCAAUCAAGACCUGUGCAGGGAUCAUUGAAGAUUGCUGGCCUGCUGUUUUGGCAACAUGCUCCACUUUCCUUUACGCAUCUUUAGACGAUGAUUUUUAUCACAAUCUUGUCCGUUCAUUCCAAAAACUAGCCCACGUGGCAGGUCUUCUGAGGUUGUCCACCCCCAGAGACGCUUUCCUGACAACCCUUGGAAAAGCAACUGUACCAGCCGAGACUGGUGCAGCUAAACCGGGCCCUAUCUUGAAGACUACCUCCGCAUCCCAUGCCAAUCAAACGACCGACGAAAAGCGAAAAAGUGUACAGGCACCUACAUUAGGGUCUCCCGUGCCCGAGGCCUCUGGGACCGCUUCAGAUAAAGCGCCUGUGUCUCUUAGCACAAGAAAUCUCUUAUGCCUGCGUGCUUUACUUAAUUUGGGCAUUGCUCUUGGCCCUACCUUGGACCAGCCGGCCUGGUCCAUAAUAUUAGGGACAUUCCAAGAAACUGACUUACUGAUUGGUAUAGCGUCGACGAAAACAAACCCCACCCUCAGCAGCACAACUGAAUCGCCGUCUGUUACGGGAAGUGAUGUUCCCAAAGCCAAUAUUGGAAAUGAGAUCAUUGCCGUGCAGGCAGCCUCAGCUAAGCUUCUUGAAAGCACAAGCGACUACCCAAGUAGCUCAUUUCGGGAUCUCUUGGCUGCGUUGUUGAAUCUUUCUGAAACCACCGAGGAAUCCGAUCAACCGGCCACUCCUGACCUGAAAUCGAGUCCCAGUCGGUCGCCGCAUCAACGUCCCGGAACUAUACGUCGGAACACCCGCCGUGUCUCCAUUGCAUUGGGUAAAUCCAAAAUGCAGGAUGAAGAGUUGCGGUUUGUGUUGGAAAAGUCCAAUGAACUAGCCAGGUCUAACCUGGAGAGAUUUUCAUCCCUAGAGGAGGGCGACUGUGGCGCCUGGCAACUUUUAACAGAAAGGCUCAUGUCGAGUGCAGCGGAUAGGGAAAUAAACCAAACCCUUCGCCUGCGCGCCAACGAAGUUCUGAAUAGCCUCAUAUUCCAAACACUAAAGCAGACGGCUGAUGACAAUGAUCAAACGCGAAAUUCUCGGCAAAAGAGGAACCUCGAAACACUAAAACAACAAAUUCAAUUGCUCUAUACUGCGAGUGCUUGUCGGCCGGGCUCUCCUACUGGCCCUAUUAUCGAAAUACAUGGUCAGAGUUUGGAGACCUUGAAAAGCAUUCUAGAGCAAUAUGCAGAGACAUUUGUCGAUGGCUGGGCCAUUGUUUUUGAGCUCAUUUCCAGCGUUUUCGGGGACUCUCGGACGGAAGAAAGCCAAAGACCGUCGGUUAGCAGUAAAGAUCGCAAGACUUUUCUGUUGGCAGAGUCGCACCAGCUCAUUCGCAUUUCAUACAAGUCUUUGCAGCUGAUUGCGUCCGAUUUUAUUGCACUUCUGCCGUUGACUUGUCGCCUUGAUCUUGUGGAGUCAUUCUCGAAGUUCUCCAUACAGCAGCAGGAUUUCAACAUCUCACUUACUACGACGUCAUCCUUCUGGAAUGUGUCCGACUUCCUCCAGGGCCAAAUCGAGCAAUUUUCUAUCGAAUCUUUUGUCGAUGCUUCGGUUAGCGAGGAUAUGCUCGUGACACUGGCCAAGAACGACGACCAUUCCGUUUCUCGAAAUGCCCUCUGGUUAUUGCUACUCCUGCGAAUUGUUGAUCUGACUACGGAUAGCAGAUCAGAGAUCAGAAAUUGCGCGGUGCACACCCUUCUUAGAAUAUUCGAUGCCUACGGCCAACAAUUGUCACCCAAGGCAUGGCGUUUGUGUCUCAAUCGAGUCCUAUUCCAAAUGACAGAUGAGAUAGAGACAGAAUUAGGUUCUGCCAAAAGCACAGGAGCAAAGACUAGCCCGGACGAGCUAAGCUCAUGGGUCGAAACAGCAGUUGUCACCUUCAAAGGGUUCUCCGAUCUGUUGACAAACUUCUUUGAAGCAAUUACCAAGGAUGAGGAAUUUGACCAAUCCUGGAAACGCCUGCUAAACCACUGCCAGAACGUGGCUGCUCUCCAUUCUUUGGAGCUUAGUGAAGCGGUAUUCACCAGUCUGUCAAAUAUUCUUCUUCGGGUGCAGGCUCCCAACGUCCUUAGCAAACAGUCCCUAGAAGCAGCUUGGACACUAUGGGUGAAUGGUCAUCCCGCCAUUCGAGAAGAUCUGUUGAACCUAGAGCACUCAAACCAAGACGCCUCGAUAGCCUACAUAAAGGCAUUUCAACAAGUUUAUCGCCUGUACAAGGACGAAAUGACGAAUCAUCAUGUGGAGAAGAUUCUCCAGCACAUCCAGCUUCUCGCAUGGAACUCCGUCUUUCCACGGUAUUCACCAGAUACAGACCGCCCGUCUAGCUUGCAAGCAUUGCUUGUCGACUGCAUCAAAACGCUAUGCCUGGACAAGGAAGAUUCUCAGGCGGAGAUUCUCACCUGCCUUGCAGAUUUCGCCGAUUCCGCACUGAUGAGAUGGUCGCCAAACAGUGACUCAAGGGUGCCAACUUACGUUGCAUUCUCGAAAAAUGUGAUCGAUCUCCUCAGCUGGUACAUCGCUGAAUUCGGAAUUAAGAGAGAGAUCUUUGCCAAUGACUCCCUAUCAACUGUUCUGGAGCAUCUCGCAAACCCUGUCUCCCAGAAGUACGAAUGGCCCGGCAAAGACCGCGAGCCCACUUUGUGGCGGAAGUCAACUACCGCAUCGCUCAAUAUCCUCGAAGUUGCCAUUCCUUACGUGGAGAAGCAGUACGGAAAAUCAGAUCAUGCCCAGAUCUCUCGAUUCUGGGCCGGUGUUGUAGAUCUCACCCAUGGCAUAGUCUCUGCUCGAGGAUACCGGACCAUGCCCAUUCCCAGAGCCAACAUACUUGCCGACGAAUCGUUCGAUGUCGACGCAUUCCAACGAUUGAAAACGCUCAUCAUCCCAGCUCUUGGAGCAUCCAUCAUCCCGGAUUCCAUUCGACGCGAUUUUGCAUGCACUCUAUUAUCCUCAUCCUUCAUUUACCUUCCGCAGCGAUUCGACCUGCCCAGCAAGAACCUGGAGAACGAGCCCCUGCAAGACAUAUACCACGUGCGGCCCGGAAGAACCUUCGAUCCCACACCCACGUCGCGAACCAAGAUGGCCUACGCCGUGAUAGACACCCUGUUCGAGCUGGCCUCGGCUCCUGUGCCCGAGCAGACCCCCGACAGCGAGGCGCACCAUUCCGCACGCGUCCUCCUCGCCCGCUCCAUAUCGCCAUACCUCAUCCUCCGCAGCGCGGUCUCCCUGAAGGGUUACAUCGCCGACCAGCCUCUCCGGGGCCUGAUGCCUCAGCCCACCCCCGCACGCAGGGCCCUCCUGCACCUUCUCCUAGGCAUGGUGAACUUGCGCAGCGAGCCCACGGCGAUCCCGCCGCCGCCGACCAGCGCCAGCCCGGCCGUGCUCCCGGACUCUGCGUCGAAUAGCGGCCAGAGCCACAAGAGACAUUUGGAAUGGAUCUACCCCCUUGUUGUACGCGCGGUGCAGGUGGCAGGCAAGGAGAAGGAUGACGGGGAGGUUCUUCAUGCUCUGGGCAAGGUGCUACAUGAGGUUGGGGGUUAUGCGUAGUAUAGGAGAGGAUCUUACAGGAUCGUAUAGUAUAGUCUACAAUGUGUG